GCUUGCUUGGAGAGGCCAAGGGAGAGGAUGCCAUUGCCACGCAAUGCCAAGAUGCUGAGCACCAAGCAGCCCCGAACAGGCAAGGUGGGCCCUGCCGUAGAGAAUGCCAACCCCGAGAAGGAGGAGAGCUGUCAGGCCAAGAGGUCUCCAUCCUCACCGCAGGGUGGGCCCAAGAAGAGGUCCGCGUUUGGGGACAUCACCAAUGCUCACAAGAACCAGGUGGUGGCAGGGAAGAAGGAGGCUGUGAAAGCGGCACCACACAAGGCACAGAGGACUCAUGCUGCCCUGGUGGUGGCCAAGAACAAUGAGAUCAACCUGAAAAAGUCAAUGAAGAAAACUCCCCCGACAGAGGCUCCUGCAGAGCCCAAGGAGAUUCCUGUGCCAGAGGAGCUGGUGCCUGCGCAGAUACCAGCAGUGGAGGACAUAGACAAGGAACAGCUGGGUGACCCCUAUGCCAGUGCAGAGUACGCCAAGGACAUCUUCGAAUACAUGCGGGGAAGAGAGGAGAAAUUCAUGCUCCCUGACUACAUGGAGAAGCAGCCAGACAUCAGCGGGGACAUGCGUGCCAUCCUGGUGGACUGGAUGGUGGAGGUGCAGGAGAACUUUGAGCUGAACCACGAGACACUGUACCUGGCUGUGAAGCUAGUGGACCACUACUUGGUGGAGGUAGUGAGCAUGAGGGACAAGCUGCAGCUCAUCGGCUCCACGGCCAUCCUCAUCGCCUCCAAAUUUGAGGAGCGGUGCCCACCAUGCGUGGAUGACUUCCUCUACAUCUGCGAUGAUGCCUACAAGCGGGAAGAGCUCAUUGCUAUGGAGAUGAGCAUCCUCAGCACCCUCAAGUUCGACAUCAACAUCCCCAUCCCCUACCGGUUCCUGAGACGCUUUGCCAAGUGUGCCCGUGCCACCAUGGAGACGCUGACGCUAGCCCGCUUCCUCUGUGAGAUGACCCUGCAGGAGUACGACUACGCCCGGGAGAGCCCCUCUAAGCUGGCUGCCAGCUGCCUGCUGCUGGCACUCACAAUGAAGAACCUUGGUGGCUGGACCCCCACGCUGGAGUACUACAGUGGGUACCGCUGCCAGGAUCUGCAUCCCCUCGUGAAGAGGCUGAAUUUCCUGCUUACAUACCAGCCCCACGACAAGCUGAAGGCUGUGCGCACCAAGUACUCACACAGGGUCUUCUUUGAGGUUGCCAAAGUCACCCCCAUGGACAUGCUCAAGCUGGAGGAGAUACUGAAGAGCUGCUAGCCCUGUUUCUGUAAAUAGCCUGUAAAUAGCUGGGUGCUCUCUGGCA